AUGACGCGUAGUCCUUACAUUGUUCCGGCGCUCACGAAGCACACCGCUACUGUCAUCAUGGCCCACGGGCUGGGAGACAGUGGUGCCGGAUGGGUGUCCCUUGCCCAGACCUGGCGCCGCCGCGGCAAGUUCGACGAGGUGGCCUUUAUCUUCCCCAAUGCGCCCGACAUCCCAAUCACAGUCAACUUCGGCAUGAGCAUGCCUGGAUGGUACGACAUCACCAAGCUUGGCCGUGAUAUGGACUUUGAAGAAGCCCUCCGCACCCAAGACGAACCAGGAAUUGUCCGCUCCCGUGACUACUUCAAUACCCUCAUCGAGCAAGAGAUGAACAAGAAUAUCAAGGCGUCGCGUAUCAUCCUGGGCGGGUUCUCCCAAGGCGGUGCGAUUUCCGUUUUCGCCGGUGUGACCAACAAGGAAAAGCUCGGCGGUGUCUUUGGUCUGUCGUGCUACAUGCUAUUGAGCGACCGGAUUAAGAACUACAUGCCCGAAGAGUGGGUCAACAAGAAAACGCCAUUCUUCCUUGCCCACGGUCUCGAGGAUAACGUUGUUCCAUUCGAAUCUGGGAAGACCUCGGCGGCUAAACUUAAGGAGCUUGGCCUAGAGAACGUUUCCUUCAACCAAUAUGAAAAUCUUGGUCACUCGGCAACCCCCGAGGAAAUUGAUGACCUAGAGAAGUUUAUUGAGAAGGCGCUCGCCACUGAAGGAGAGGGUAAUGUUUCUACUAGCUUAUGA